AUGGCUAUGUUGCUGAGACGAGCGGUGUCGAGUCGAAGUGCGAUUGCGAUUGCGUUUCUCAGAAGGAGCUCCUCCGUUGUUGUUGUUCAAUCUCGCGACUUGUCGCACAAGACGACCCUCUUCUCUCCCCCAAACCCGAGGGCCCGAGAUUUGGAAUUGGAUUUGUCCUUGCCCGACUUUCUCAGAGAUUCUCGUCGAGGGUUCGCUAAAGGCAAAAAAUCAAGGGAUGAUUCAGCAUCGGGAUUGGUCGACGAAGCUCCGAAUAUUGGGCCUACCGUGAAGGCAACAGCCUCUUCACAGAUGGAGGCAGCCAUCGAUGCCUUGUCGCGGGAUUUGACUAAAUUGAGAACGGGAAGAGCCGCACCAGGGAUGCUUGAUCACAUUAUCGUUGAAACUGGGGGAGUAAAGAUGCCACUCAAUCACUUGGCUUUGGUCUCUGUGCUCGAUCCAAAAACUUUGUCUGUCAAUCCGUAUGAUCCUGAUACUGUGAAAGAACUUGAGAAAGCGAUAGUCUCGUCGCCAUUAGGAUUAAACCCCAAACUCGAUGGUCAACGGCUUGUCGCAUCAAUCCCAGCGUUGACCCAGGAGCAUAUUCAGGCAAUGUGCAAGAUUGUAACAAAGUCUAGUGAAGUUGUGAAACAAAGCAUUAGGAGAGCGCGGCAAAAGGCACUUGACACAAUAAAGAAAGCAGGUCUACCAAAAGAUGAAGCGAAAAGACUGGAGAAGGAAGUAGAAGAGUUGACGAAGAAGUUUGUAAAGUCAGCAGAGGAAAUGUGCAAGUCCAAAGAGAAAGAGAUCACCCAAGCCUGA